UGUGAAUCAAGGCAAUGAUCGCAGUAUGCAUGUGAAUCAAAACAUUGAGCAUCAUUUACCGUCUCAUCAUUUACCAUCCCCCAUUGGUGUGAAUGCGGUUUUGAAUGGUGUGAACGUACAAGCAGCAACUCAGGGAUAUAAUACACCCCUGGUUGGCAUACAUAAUGCAAAUGUGCAAUCUUUAGGCCAGCUACAACAUCCCAUUAUGUUAGGCAUACAAGGAGUACAACCCCUUGCUCAGGGUAUCCACUCCCCCAUUGCAGCCACGCAGGGCGCUCAUGCACACUCAUUAAACCAUGCACAAUCAAUAAGCCAGGCAAGCCAUAACCCUAUUGUAGACCAGCAGGGUGUGAAUGCUCAGACAUCUGCGAAUGGACAGUCAGCGAGUCAGGGGUUUCAUACACCGCUUCAUAUAGCUCAUCCACCCCUUGCUACUGAUAAUCCAGACACAUCCAUUGGGCAAAGUGCUCGCCAAAUUCUUUCUCUUUUGCAGGGGGCAAUUGGAUCACAAAGUGCAGAAAAAACACGGACCAACACUGCCACAGUCAUGAGUGGGGCGGAUGCAGGAGUAGCAGGCAGCAUUACAGCAGGAGCAGCAGCCACCACUUCCACUGCACAGCAAGGGUCUUCAGGACUCGCCCUCCAAAACCAGCAAGCAGGCCAGCCCGUUUCCAGCAUGGGUCAGGGACCUCCUGCCAUUAGUCACGCUCGUCCUUCCUGGAUAGCCUUACUGCCGUUGGUCCGCUCCUCCUUAGCACCAUCCACUUGGCACGCCUAUGCCCGCAUGUGGUCUGAAUGGGACAAUUUCUGUGCGUCCAGGGGAGCCGACGCUGCUCAGGGGUCUAGGGACAACUUACAUGAUUGGCUGGCACUACCCCCGGGGUGAAGCGAAUCUGGAUUGUGGGCCACUCCUUUGUCCACUGGGCCUCCCUACGCUGUGCGUCCCUCCCAUUUGGCCAAUCCCUAGGUCUCCCUCCCAACAAGGCAUCCGUUAGGUGGUUGGGUGAUAGGGGGAUGUGCUGGCCCCAAUUAGCAGGAACCAUAUCUGAGGCCCUGGUACGCUGGGGGAAGCCUCACAUUAUUAUUCUUCACCUAGGGGGUAACGAUGUGGGGGCCAUACCAGUUUUACAGUUGAUUAAGGUUAUGCAGGCAGACAUUGGGUGGCUAAGAGUACGCAUCCCGGGGGUCAUGAUAGGGUGGUCCCAUAUAAUACCCCGUCUCCACUGGAGGCAUAUGUCGGCCCAUACGGCGGCAUACCGGGUUAGGAAGAAGAUCAAUGCGUCUGUAGCGAAAACCGUCACUGGGUCAGGUGGCUUCGUGGUACGGCACGAAGCCAUUUCGGCUGAUAGAACCGAGCUAUAUAGAAGGGAUAAAGUUCACCUUUCAGAUGUGGGGCUGGAUUUAUUCAUAGGGGACAUUCAGAGAGCUCUGUUACCCCUCCUGUAAAUCGGGUCGUGGGUUGGCGGCAAGGGUACCAUUAAAAUGCUUCCUUGUGGCGGGAGAUCCUCGGUCCGGUUGCGCAGGAGAAGGUCGCUAGGGGUGAGUGAUGGCCAGACUUCCGGGGAGGGGGGUAGGCCCUCACGUGCACGUGACGGUAACCCUCCUUCCUCCCUUUUUGAGGGAUGGUCACGUGAUCUCUGCAACCCCUCAGCGUCAUCUCCUUAGGGCAGAGACCCCUCUGCUGCUGUUCCCGUUGGGCCGGUGAUCUCCUGCUGUUCUGGGUAGCUGAUCUCUAUGCCGCCAUAUAUAUUUUCAGUUCUAUCAGUUCUAUCUAGUUUGUUAGGUUAAUAAAAUUUUAUGGCCUGUGACGGUCACAAAAUUUUCCCAUAAAAAGUUUGUCUGUGGUUAUUUCGCACUACAUUCUCAUGUACAUAGUUAUUUAAUUAAGUUAUGUUAAAUCCUCUCCUCUGUGAAGAAGGAUCCGGUAAGCAUUUAAUCCCUUAAUGCAGUGUAGGGCUUAGUAUAAGCCUGGAGCAGUCUAAGGGUUAAGGCUGUAGGAGAGUGGGUUAGAAGAGAGAGGGAAGGUGCUGGGUGCAACAUUGUUGCAAUUUAGGGUAGGCCCCUCCUUACCAGUAGAUAAGCCAAGUUCUCCCUUGCAACUUCCUCUUCUUCUCCGGAUCCUGGCUGAAGCAGUUUUUUCCCCUC